GGAGCAGAUUCAUUUUGCAUUGGUCAAGUGAAACAGGAUGAAAACCAGUUUGUGCAUCAUUGAGCUCACAUGUUUCUUCCUUCUGUUUCUUCUGUCAGGAGGCUCGUGUUCAGAUGCAGAGCACAGGCUCUUCUCUGUGAUAUUCUCCAGCUACAACCAGUACAUACGCCCAGUGGAGAAUGUGUCUGACCCAGUCAUUGUGCAGUUCGAGGUGUCCAUGUCACAGUUAGUCAAAGUGGAUGAAUUAAAUCAGAUCAUGGAGACCAAUCUGUGGCUGAGACAUGUCUGGAAUGAUUACAAACUGAGAUGGAAUCCAAAAGAUUUCGGAGGGGUUGAGUAUAUCCGCGUGCCAUCCAACAGGAUAUGGAAGCCAGACAUUGUGCUGUACAACAAUGCAGUUGGAGAUUUCCAGGUUGAUGACAAAACAAAGGCCUUGCUCCGUUACAAUGGCGACGUCACCUGGAUCCCUCCGGCAAUUUUCAAGAGCUCCUGCAAGAUCGACGUCACGUACUUCCCCUUCGACUACCAAAACUGCACCAUGAAAUUCGGCUCCUGGACCUACGACAAGGCCAAGAUCGAUCUGGUGCUAAUUGGCUCCACCAUCAACCUUAAGGACUUCUGGGAGAGCGGCGAGUGGACGAUCAUCGACGCCCCUGGUUAUAAACAUGACAUUAAGUACAACUGCUGCGAGGAAAUCUACACAGACAUCACUUACUCUUUGUACAUCCGCCGACUGCCUCUUUUCUAUACUGUCAACAUGAUAAUCCCAUGUCUGCUCAUCUCCUUCCUCACCGUGCUCGUCUUCUACCUGCCAUCUGAUUGUGGUGAGAAGGUCACUCUGUGCAUCUCUGUUCUACUUUCUUUAACCGUCUUCCUGCUGGUUAUUACCGAGACCAUCCCUUCCACAUCACUGGUCAUACCCUUGAUUGGAGAGUACCUCCUCUUCACCAUGAUCUUCGUCACCCUCUCUAUUGUCAUCACUGUUUUUGUCUUGAACGUCCACUACCGCACAUCACAGACCCACACGAUGCCCUGUUGGGUGCGGCGUGUGUUCCUGGGACUGCUCCCUCGAGUGAUGUUCAUGACCAGGCCAGAGAGGGACCCAGAGAAGUUGGUGGUGGCCGACAGCGUUCACACAAUGCAUGCCAGACCUUGCACCAUUCAUUCGUCAGGCACUCUGCAGAAACAGCAGAGGCCUCAGGCCCUGGCCUCCAGCGUGGUGUCCAGCCUGACCAACCGUCAGCGGCUUUUCAACAACACGGAGCUCUCCAACCUCAAUAACCUGAACGCAGACCCUGGAAAAGAGGCAAGCUCUGGGUUCUUGUGCUAUGAGGGCCGCUGCAACUGCUGCUGGCACCAGAGAUCCAGCAAACUGCCUGCAGACUCUGGGGGAGGGAGCGGCGGACUGGAGUGCCUGGCGGCGCUGACAGGAGGAAAUGCUGGGUUGGGAGGGGGGAGUCAAUGCUCCAGCUCCGAGUCUCUGGAUGGAGGAAUACUGUCCCUUUUGCCGCUCUCUCCUGAGAUCAGGGAGGCCAUUGAGAGUGUCAAAUACAUAGCAGAGAACAUGAGACUGCAGAAUGAAGCAAAGGAGGUUCAGGAUGACUGGAAGUACGUUGCCAUGGUGAUUGACAGGAUCUUCCUGUGGGUUUUUGUCCUUGUGUGUAUCCUGGGAACAGCUGGACUCUUCCUCCAGCCUCUUUUACUCUUGGAGGACAUUUGAGUCACUUUGACAAAACUUCCAACUUGAGAAUGUUGAACUGCACAGCAGCCGUUACUUAUACGUGAUAUAUAUGUAAAAAUCAAAUUUCCGGUAAAUGGUGAGUUGAUGACCAACAAUCCAAAACUCAGAUGAAAUAUGUUGAUGGUGCCACGCUCAAAGACAAGGGAUGGAAAUAUUAGAUACUCAUGUUUUGUCAAAAGGUGACAUCAUGUGGUCAUUCUUUGAAACUACAAGUGACAAAAAAAGACUUUCUGGCUGUUUAAAGGGAAAUGUUACCUAUUUCAUCACAAGCUCUAUUGUAACAAUUUACUGAACAUAUUUGACGUUUUAAGAGACAUUUAAAGUAAAUGUACAUAAUUUACUCUUGUGGUUCCCACAUCUUUCUGUAAAUAAAUUGAAAUAGUUAAAGGCAGAAGAUGAUUCAAAUUCUGAAAUAGUUCAGAGACAAAAGCUGUGGAGUGUGGAUGCCAUUCGAUGGAGUCAAUGAGGCUCUGGUAAUCAGUGUGUUUCACAUACUCUGAGCCCCCUCGGAGCUAUCUCAGCUUAUUGGAUCACAAUCAAUAUGAAGAGCUAGUGACGAAGGAACUUAUCGGCUUCCUCUCCUGUCUUCUACUGCACAGUGGUUGCUGCAUCUAUAACAUCAGCUCAGUGCAUAUAUAUAAUCACAAGUCUGUUGACCCUGUGUUAAUACCAAACGAAAAAUUUCAACUAUUAUUUUUUACAUAUUUACAUUAUUUAUUUCUACGUUUGGUUUUAUUCUCAUUUCCAAAUUCUGUAAAGUGGCCUUGGUACCUCGGAAGUUGCAAUAUAAAUGUAAUUUAUCAUUAUGAUAAUUAUUAAUUUAAUGACUAUGUUGCUGUUAGGGGAAGGGGUCAACAUGUCACACAUCUUCAAAAAUGUAUUUAUGGUGUGAUUCUAUUUUUGUUCCAUUAGGGAUGGGUAUCACAGCCUCCAUGUACCCAGCACCCUGCUGGGGGCGCUGAUUGUCUGUACGUCACUGUGUGACUCUUAUCAAACAGCUAAACAUCCAAGCAGGUAGCAAGCUGUGUGAUUGCAGGUAAAUCCAGACAGACAUGCUCUCUGUCACAUCUGAUAACAAAGCCCCUGGCUGAGGAAUUUAAUUUUUGCACACUCAAAAACUAGAGGUGGAGAUCUCCCACUGAUAACUGUGAUAUACACCCUCAAAUAAAAAGUUUCUAAAGGUCAAAAAACUCUGCUGGUUACAUCCUGCAAAAGCUUCAAAAAGGAUGUUAAAGAGAAGCUUGUGUUCAGUGUCAUAUAUUUAAAAAUAAAUGCCUCACUGUUUUAGGGAACCUAUCUGGUGAGUUUUUUUGAAAAAUCAUUUCAGACGUCAUAAGCCACCAGAUAAUGCACAGGAUGUGGUUCAUUAUGGUUUCUGCACUGUGCUCUUUCAGCUUCUGUAGGUUUAGACAAUAACCUGAUGGGUACCUGUGCAGAGGGAGACAGUCACGGGUGUCACUUCACUUACAGUCAUGAAUAAAAUC